AUGCCACCAGGAAGAAGAGGUAGAAGAGGAUCUGGCUUUGCAGGUGUACCUGCUGGACGAGGCUAGCCUAUAUAAACAAAUUUACUAGGGAAGAGGCGUGGAGGUCCAGAUGGCUAAGACAUCAUAGAUAAUGUAGAGGUUUUUGGAAUUAUAGGCGAUGAUGAUUUUAACAUUAAGCAACAUGCAAGUACAGGAGUAGUGGAGAAGUAACAUAAAAGAUAAUAUGAAAACUAAUCAAGUUUUGCUAACUUUAUGGUAAAGAAGGGGGCUAUCAUAGACUAGCUACUAGAAGAGAAAUCCGAAUUCAUUUUUAAAAGCCCUGAAUGGCUGGAAAAGAAAGAGAAGUAAAAAAGAUUUACAGCCAAACAUACAAAGAAUUUAAAGCAAAUUUGCGGAAUAGAUCAAUUUGGAGAAUAACUAGGGUCUUAUCAAUCAAUCGAUGGUGGAAUAAGUGUAAAAAAACCUAAUAAGUACUGCGAUUUUACUGGUUUUCAUACAAACUACUAGGAUCCAAAGACAUCGCUAAGAUACUAUAACAUUGAUUUUUAUCAAGUGGUAAGAGGUUUACCUGAAGGGGCUAAGAAUGAUCAUCUAGCCAUUAGAAAAGCAAAUGUUGUAUUAAGAUGA